AUGUCGGGCAACCUCAUCGACCUCAGUGACGAGGGCACCUCCUCUCAGAACACCACUGGCAUCAACGGCAUUCACCGUACCAACGGUCUCGUCGGCCGCAUGUCUCUCUCGGAGAACCGCGCAAGGUCGCCUCCCCGCAACCACUUCGCAGGUCUCGAUACUCUCAUGAGACAGAGGCAGUCUUCUACACCAGUCCCUUCAUCAGCUCCGCGCCCGGUGUCGCUGCCAACCGUGUCCAGCGUCCCUCGCUUUGCUACACGUCUUUCUUCAAGUUCGGAGAUUUUCUCCCCGUUGGCUCAGCCGUACAGGGCUCCAGAGUCUGUGGCUUCUUUCCUGCAAGAGCAGCAAGAGCCCUUGACCUCCGCCCUUAGGUCAGAUCAGCCGAUCCCCGAGUACAUCCCCGAGAACAGGAUGGAGUUCAAGAGUAUGAUUGAUACUAUCAAUGACUACGACAAGACCGCCGACAGCGAGUCCGAUCAUCGAUCUGAUCGCCGCUCCUCGUCGCCACUUGUCCCUACUCUCGAGCCAUCCGCACCUACUGGACCUGAUACACCCCCGACCCCAACAGACUCCGGUGAGCAUCCCGUCUAUGGUUUCAGACCCGGCCAAACGGCGGCUGCACGAACGAAUCGGCAGAUCCGCGAUCUUGCGGCCCACGAGCUGGAUAUGCACAAGAAGAAAGAGCUAGAGGACAAGAUCGCGGUCCUUGAGGGACGCACUGCAAGCCUCAAAAACGAGAACACGGAGAUCGCCACGAAGCUAGGUCUUGUCCAGUUCCAGAUCGAGUCCACCGAGAACCAGAAUGCCGCAAUGUCUGGCGCUUUAUCAGAGAAGGACGUCGUGAUCAAGAAGCAGGAGCUCAAGAUGAAGAAGCGGGACGCUGAGAUCGCAAGCAAGGAGGUCGAACUCAAGAAGAAACAUCAACAGCUAGGUGCCCGCAAUGCGUUGAUCAACAAGGCAAACCCCAGAAAUGACAAGGUCGGUGUACAUGGCGCCAGGAUGGCUGCUAAGGAUGCUGAGUUGACCGCGAAGGAUGCCGAGUUGGCCGCUAUAGACACCAAGUUGGCCGCCAAAGAUGCCGAGUUGGCAGCGCUCAAGCAGGCCAUAGAGGCUCAAGACCGUAAGAUGGAGACCACCCGCUCAACCGUCAAGGAGCACAAGGAUCUCAUCAUCAAGGAGCAACAGAAGGCAGCCGACCAUCAGCGGAUGAUCGACUAUUACCUCUUACAGAAUCAAAACCUUGCUGACGCUGCGACUGCACGCGAGAAGACCAUAGCUGAUCUGCGACAAGAGCUUGUCGUCCGGAAGUUCGAGCUGACCGACGCCCAAGAGCAACGUAGAAACCGCGGCGCCAUCGAGGACAUCAAGGGCAAGCUUCGUGAAAUGACCACUCUUUCCGAUCGCCAGCGUACCCAGCUCAAGGAAGUCAAGGACGAACUCAAGAGCAAGGACGCACGUAUCAUGGACCUGAGCCAGAACGGUGAGCGUCUCCGUGGUGCCAUCCAUGUCGUCCCACCGCGCGCCAACGUCAAGCUUCCCGAGACCGUCGUCUCAUGCACGGAGUGUUACGCCUUGGACCAGCGAUGCGACAGCGGUACCAAGUGUCGCCCCUGCAUGGAGAACAACACUGAGUGCCUGCGCUUCAUGUGCUCAUUGAAGUACAAGAACGGCAACUGCCCUCUUAAAGGCGACGUCGACCAGACCUCAGAUAUCGAAGUUCGGCUCGAAAUCAAUUCCAGCUCUACUGCAGACUACAAGAAUGUUGUUUACAACCAUACUGCAACGAGCCUCAGCCUGGACUACCUUCCCUCCGACGAUGACGGAGACAUUUGUACAGAAAUCAAAGUCGUGAUAUACUUCCGUCCAGAGUUACCUGUACGUCUGUUGGAUAUGCUCGAGAUCAGGUCCGAGACAUUCGAUCUAUGGAUCCACUACUGGGCCUGGCAGAUAAACAACCUCAUCACACACACUUCGCACGGCGAGUACACAUACGAAGGCGGCAAAGGCGAGGACCCGUUGCAUCCACAAAACAUCGAUUCCAGCUCAACAACAGGAGUCAUGUGGGGCUGGUACGGGUGCGAAGGUACGAUGAAGAUACACAGCGAAAGCGGGCAGAUCAUUCUGAUGCUGGUACCGCGGUAUACGUUCAUUGGAAAACCGAUGCGCCUAGAAUCCAUCUCGGUAUACACAGUCAGCGGAGACAUCAACGUCGCUGCGCUCUGGGCAUAUUGGCCACAGCAGCCUUUUACACAUUACACGAACAUUCACUCGGCUUACGGCAAUAUAGUCGCGGAGAUACCGCAUGGCUCUUAUACCAGUCUCGCGAGUAUCAGCGGCAACAUAAAAGCGUAUCUACGACCAUUUGCUGCCGUGAGUCCGGAUGAUGAAAGCACGAUCUCUACGACAUCACUGUAUGGCAAUACGGUUUUCCGUCUGGAUAACGCAGGCCGAGAGCUCUUGGAUGAGAUGUACGAUCCCCUUCUCAGUACGAAGAGUUCGCACUACGUCGGCACUGGUGAUUUGUACCUGCGGUAUCCGUUCAGUUGGUUUGGGAGCAUGGAUGCGUAUGGGAAAAAAGGCUCGAUCAAGUUUGGGGGAAGUGCGCUAGAUGAGGUAGAGGAAGGUGAUGGGUUCGUUAAGGCUGUCAGAGGGAGAGGCGCGGGAAGUCGGAUGGAAGCGGUUGUUGAAUUGAGGGGGAUGAUGGAUGUUACACUGGGUAUUUGGGAUACGGAUGAUUGA